UAUUUUUGUUACCACAAUGCUUAGUAACCUUUAUUAUGUGUCAGGAGUGAAUACAAUAUUGAUGUGGGUGGGUUUAGUAACGGCUGUACUAUUGUCUAUUUUUUGCCUUUGUAUAUUUUCUUCUGAAACAUACAUACAGACUAGUCAGCAGCUAAAUAUAAAGUACAUCAUUGUGCUUACAAACAUCUCAAUAUAUUUAAAUAAAAAUAGAUACAAUAGAUGUAUACCUCGAACUUAUUGUUAAAAAUGUGUACACAAUAAGCUAUUUAUUUGUAACGUACAUACACUUUUUGUUUGUUUAGUCUUGAAUGAAACAUGGAUGAUCAAAUACUGUUAAAACAUGCGUUUUUAUUAGAGGAAGGUAAAAAUGUGUUUGUAAAAUAUACCCAUUUAAAUUCUGAGAUUCACAAUAAAACAGAUUGUUACGUUAAUAUUACAUUAUCAUGUAUGUGCCCCUAGUUACAUAUUCAAAACAAAUUCCAGUUUGUCUGUAUAAAACAUAGUUUGUAUUGGGCAAUAAUUAAAUGAAUGCAUACUAUGUUAUUUCUUAUAUCUUUGCAAUAUUCAUUUUCAUUUCCGGUGAAAAGGAUAGUAGAUAGUUUUUUUCCCCCUUUUUUGAGAGACGUUUACGUAAGCCGCUCCCUGCCUACGCGGUGACGUCAUGGGGCGUGUCCAAACAGAGGACAGAGGGGACUCCACAAUGGGAGACAGUUUUCACGAGCAGCUGACGGAGGACAGCGCCUUCCUCAGAGCCGACCGGAGACUGGACACGGAGCUGGUGGACAAAGUCAUCCUGCAGCUGAACAGAAUCUACCCGCAGAUCCUCUCCGACAAGGAGGCCACGAAAUUCAGAAACUUGGACGUGCUCACGAGUGUUCGACUCGGUGAGCUCCUGGCGCACCUGCAGGGGAAAGGAGAGGAAGCCUGCAGGGAGUUCUACCGAGCUCUUCACCUGCAUGUAGAGGAGGUGUACUACAGCUUGCCCACACGGCUCCGCCUCAGAGUCAGCACACUAAAACCAUCGGAUCCAGAUUCCUUAGAUCCGCUGGCAUGUCCACGUGUCUACCAACAGAGACAUGUUCUGAACGACAGAGGUCCCUUCUUCUUUCUGGGCUGUUUCGGCGUUGCAGUGGGAAUGGCUUUAAUCUAUUACUACAGUGAGGCGAAAGUGACAGGAGGUAGCCGGGCCCUCGGGAUGGCUGCUCUGGGUUUGAAGAGAAGAGCUCAGGAGGUUCUCAUAUGGUACACUGAAGACAGACUCCUGAAGUAAGAGGGCGACUCCUUCGCAACCAGGUGUUCCAGCAGUACUGCUCGUAUGAAUGCCAUGUGUACCAAAGCACAGCACACUAUAUCUUUUCAGGAGUUGAAUACUAAUUUUGUACACAGUUGAACUGCAUAUAUUUUUUUCGCGUGUGAUCUAAAUUUCUCAAUUUGGAGACAUUUAGAGAUGGGGGUAAAUUCAGAUCUGCAUUUGGCAAUUUGCUCUUAUUUCCUCAUGUGUUGAUAUCUAUUGAAGUGGAUUAAAGGGACUGAAUGCACUCGAGGGAUGAACACAGUGAAAGCAAAAACAAGCUAAUUAAGUGACAUAAAACAGCUUUUACAAACCAAUGGAAAAAGGAAAUAUUGACUGAACUCGUGAUAAAAAAAGUUAUUUUAAUUGAAAAAAUAUUAACAAUUGCAGGUACAUUCUUGACCAUAUAGGAUCUAUUUUUCAGCACUUCAAAAAGCAUAGCCUCCGUCUCAUCAGGACAUUUUGCCGGUAUAUAUUUAUUAUCCUUAAAUUCAAAAGCAACAACCUACAUUGUGUGAUCUGCCUUACACCUUGGUGCUGAGACUCAUUACUUACAUUUAUUUUGGUAAUGAAGAAUUAUACUUCCUUCUCUGCUCAGUUACCACUGAUGUCAAGCAUACUGAAAUGCAUUUCAAUGUUCUCUCAGAAACAAAGAUGACUGUCCACAGCAGUGUAAUGAGAAGGUACUGUCACGAGCUCUUGAUGGAACAUAGCUGCCCUCUUGUGGCCAAAAGUGAACUUCUUCACCAAACUGCACAAAUGUGCUGGCGUGUGGAUUCAUAAGAGAUCCUUGUAAUUCUGCUUCUCACGUGUGAACAAAAGAAAGAUUAUGUGACGAACAGCCAGAAACAAAUCGAGCUGUGUCCAUAGAAUAAUACUUUAGACGAGAUUUGCAGCCACGUGGUUGCUUCUACCAAUGAUAUCCCGCUCUACCAGUGCAGUGCAUUGUGGGUAGAGUUACUACCCAAAGAAACGAUACAAUUAUCAAGUUCAGGUUCAUAAAUAUGAAGCACAGUCGCAUACAAACUCGUUUCCAAGGACCCAUUCAACAGCUGUGUUUAAUAAAUAUAUUUAUUUUUUACAACCCGAAAGUUACACCAUAAGUGAAACCAAGGCGGUCAGCUCCGUGUAUAUAUACUUGAUAGGGCGGCGUGUUAUAGCGUGUUGUAUGAAAGGAGAGAAGGUUAGCACUCCCCUUGACAAGGAUGGAAUUGGCCCUCGUGGCCAUCAACACACAUACGGUUAAGGCACUGCCACUUACGUUGUGGCAUCUCUGACCAUAUUUUUCAAUCGUACGUCUUUGACUUUCUGUAAACAAUGCCUUACAAUACCACGUCUGCUCUUCUUCCCGUUUACUAAAAGACCGGAAUCAUGCAUGAGUCAUUUCCUGUGUCCUUGUUUCUGGGUCAGGAUGGCAACUUUUAUUUUUCCUUUUGGCCUGAUCUCACAGAGUAGCACUAUGUUUAUAAAUCCCGUCAUCUUCUUUUGUUUCUUCUUCUUUUACGCCUUUUUUAAAUACAACGUCUGGCAGAAAUGUAUUUACCUCAAUCAGGCAGAUACAAUUUGAUGGUAUUUCUCAAACUGUAUAAACAAUUUAUUGUCUCUGAACAACAGAGAGACGGGUCUCUGAACACACACUAACUCUUAUGAUGGUGCUUUGUUAAACUGUAUUUCUUUGAAAAGAUGUAUUCAACUUGCAUGGCUUUUCUUGUUAUUCUUGUACUCAACUAUUUUGAUAUUUUAUAAGGAAAUAUUGAUAAUUGAUUUCUGAUGCUUAUCAAUGAAUGUCUACUCAUUGAGUCCAGUGCCUGAAAGUUUGUCACAUUCUGUGUUUGGUGUAAAAAAUGCCUUACAUUUUGUAAAACUGAGACUUUUUUCUUUGUACAAUACAAAAAAAAAAUGCAUUAUAAGAAUAAACAAGACAAC